CUGAUAUUUUGCGCCUUCUUCCGCACCGUACCAUUGCGCUGCGAAUCUAUCAACUUUGAUUGUUAUUUGUGAUUUUCAUUUCGAAAUUGUGCUUAAUGCGUAAUGAUAUAAAUUCCCGUAGUUGUAGAAGUGACUUUUUCAGAGUAAGAUUCGUCUUACCUAUUAAAUUCGAUCAUGUGCGUGUGAUACAAUCUGACCAUGACAUGAAUGGUAUUGAACAAUUUGAAUUUUUCGUAAGAAAAUAAUAGUUCAUCGUUCACGAUGGUGUUCGAAUCUAUUGUGGUGGACGUGCUGAACCGGUUCCUCGGAGACUAUGUGGAGAAUUUGAACAGGUCCCAGUUAAAGCUAGGAAUAUGGGGCGGCGACGUUGUUUUGCAAAACCUAGUACUGAAGCAAAAUGCCCUGGAAGAGCUCAACAUUCCUAUGCAGACAGUUUAUGGUCAUCUAGGGAAACUCACGCUCAAAAUUCCAUGGAAGAAUUUGUAUGGGGCAUCUGUGGAGGCGACGAUAGACCGUUUGUUUCUCAUAGUGAACCCUAAUGCUGAGGUGAAGUAUGACCCUGUGAAGGAAGAGAAGAAUGAGCUGGCCGCCAAGCAGGCUGAACUGGCCAGAGUUGAAGAAGCCAAGAAGAAAGAAGCGGAGAAAGAUGAAAACAAACUCGACGAGACAUUCGUCGAGAAGUUGGUGACGCAGAUCAUCAAGAACGUUCAGCUGACGAUCACAGACAUUCACAUACGAUAUGAGGACAGUAUUACUAACGUAAAAGCGCCAUUCUCCUUUGGAAUUACUCUUCACAAUCUCUCUGUCCACACUACUGACGAGAAUUGGAAGCAGACUGUCAUUCAAGAAGCUGUUACAAAGAUUUUUAAAAUAUUGUCUUUGGAAGGAUUAGCGAUAUAUUGGAACCCGACGACGGAAUUAUAUUCAAGGUCGGAACCAGAGAAGAUCAAAGAAAGGUUGAAAGCUGAAAUAGCUACGAAGAAUUCUCAGCCUGAUUUCUAUAAAUAUGCAUUGGGUCCAAUAAACGCAACUGCGAAACUAAAACUGAACACGAAGCCUGAACUCGAUAUACCAAAGUUUACCAUUCCGAAGGUAAUCUUGAGUUUAGACAUGCAAGAGCUAUCUAUCAGUCUCACCAGGGCACAAUACCAGGACAUGAUGCUUCUAGCAGAUUCCAUGGACAGAAUGAACAAAGGCGCACCUUACAGGAAGUACCGUCCAGAUGUAAGAACAUAUAGAGGCCACUACAAGGCAUGGUGGAAGUUCGCGUAUAAGUGUGUUCUAGAAGAGGAAGUUCUACGUAAGCGUAGAAAUUGGGAUUGGAACCAUAUGCUGCAACAUCGUAUGUUGUGCAAGGACUAUGCGUCUGCGUACCAGAAUAAAUUGAUUAACCGGGGCAAAGUGAGCACCGAGCAACAAAGUACGCUAGACGAGGCUGAAAAGAAACUAGAUCUCCUGAAUUUAGUCGUCAUCAGGCAAAGGAUAGAAAUGGAAGUGGAAAGACUUGGCAGAUUAGAAGAAGAGGCGCGAAAGACCCGCGGUUGGUUCAGCAGUUGGUGGUCUGGGGGCACCUCCAAAGAUGAACAGAUUAGCGCAGAAACUGAUAUAUUGAAACAGUUCCAAAACGCAAUGACCUCGGACGAAAAGGAGAAGUUGUUCCGUGCGAUUGACUAUCAAGAGAACACCAGUCCUUUACACUUACCGACGGAGUAUGUUGCGGUGGAGGGCGAAUUCUUCCUGGAGCGUCUGAAACUGACGGUGGUUGGUGACACGAUGCCCGUUCUGACUGCCAGCGUUGACGCCGUGUCUCUGCACACUUCGCAACGGCCUAGCGCUAAUGCUAUCAGAGUGGAUGUUGAUAUGCACACAUUUACCGUCUCCGGAGUCCAGCAGGGCGACUUUUUGCCGCUUUUGGUUGUCUCCAAAGAGGUGACGCAGGACGUCAACUUGUUAAAUGUCCUUUUCGAGACGAAUCCUAUUGAUGAGUCAUGUAACCAAAGAGUAAAAGUGUUGGCUCGACCUCUACAAAUAGUAUACGACGCACAAACUGUUAUAGAAAUCGUAGAAGUUUUUAAACCUCCAACGGACUCCUCCGCUUUGACAACUUUACAAACUGCGGCAGAGAACAAGCUGUCGGACCUGAAAGAGAAGUCCGCGCUGGGCAUGCAAUACGCCGUACACCAACACACGUUCAUUGACCUGGACAUCGACAUCGCCGCCUCCUACAUCGUAAUACCGCAGACCGGCAAAUACAAAGGCGAUGAGCAGUGCGUGGUGUUGAAACUCGGUGCCAUAUCGGUGAAGUCAGCGCCGCGACAGCACAAACUGGACGUGGCCAAGAUGUACCGCGAGGGUGCCGACGACAUCCGCGUGCUGCGCGAAAUCACCAAGCACAGCUACGACAAGAUCACUCUGGGGCUCACCGAGAUGCAGAUCGUAGUGGCGAAAAAGGGUGAAGAUUGGAUGUCUGCGAUAGUGUCGAAUGAAGCCACGUCGUUGCAUCUGCUGCAGCCCACGAACCUAGUCAUACAGAUACACAAGUGUCUGAUCAGCGACGACCCUCGCUUGCCCAAGACCAAAGUUAUGGGCGAACUGGAGAAAAUUGCUAUCAGCGUUUCACAGGACAGGUUACUGACGUUAUGUGAGAUAUUGGUUAGUAUGCCACUGCCGCAUUCUGAAGAAUCUACUCAACUAAAGUCGAGUGAAUCAAAGUCAUCAAGUCUGUCGCUGCUCAAGUACUUAGACCCCGCGGAGAAGCAGAAGCGGGACUCUGCGCGCUCUCAGAACAAGAUAGAGGAACCCACCGUGCAGCUUACUGAAGUUGAGGCCUUCUUUAUCAUGAAAGAACUAGUACUUUGCGUGAAUCGCAAGACGUUCGACGCUGAGCGCGGUUACGACAAAUUCCUCGUGUUCUCAUUGAACUCUCUGGAGCUGACUGUGACGCAGAAGACAUUUAACCUCGAAGCUAUGGUGCGGCUGGGGUCAAUUAACCUGUCGCACCACAGGGUCGGCCAUCAGAUGCUCGAUAUGAUCGAGACUCCUGAAGAGAGGACCGGCGAUAACACCGACAACGUCAGCACGCAGUACUUGUUUACUAUUACGUAUUGUAAUGUAGACAAAAAGUGCCCGGAGUUUAGAAGCGUGUACGGCUCAGUGGAACAGCUGAUCGAGUUGGACUUCACUACAUUGAAGGUUCUAUUUCAUCUCGAGAGUCUACAGGAGAUCUUAGUGGUCAUAAACGAGUACCAGACUCGGCUGCAGGCGAUACAGAACUCUGUAGAUAGAAUUGCGAAUGCUGGACCGCUAGAAACUAUUAUGGAGGAAGAAGAGUUCUUAGUUUCCAAGUCUAAAGUGAACGUCGCAAAACCAUCUGGCAAAAAGUUGGUGGAGAGCAUUCAAAUGAAGAUGAUUGCGUUAAUUCGCAAAGUCGAGAUAGAGUUCGCGACGGACCGGCGUUCAUUGUCGAUUAUCGAGCUGCAGGGCGCAGGGGCGGGAAUGGUUAUCAAGGCUUCGUACACUAAGGUCGACUGCUCCAUAUCCUCGAUAAGCGUGAAGGAUCCCAACCCUGGUUCAAUACAUAAGGAGAUCCUCAAAGUCCUCGGAGGUGACGUCAUCAACGUGGAAAUAGUGAUGUAUAACCUGGAGCAGUACCCGACUGCCGGCGACGUGGACAUGUCCAUUGACGCGCAGCUCAACCAGCUACGGAUCAUAUUCCUCAACUGGUUCGUCUCAUCUAUGCUGGAAUUCCUGAACAACUUCCAAACGGCGCAACAAGCGAUCAUCGACGCGUCAUCUCAAGCGGCGGAUGCGGCGCGCGCCACAGCUCAGACCGCCUACCAAAAUUCCACUAAAGUGGCGUUGAAAGUGCGCCUAGCCGCGCCCAUUAUUAUAGUACCAGAGAAUUCGCAGAGCAUGACCGCCAUCAUCGUAGACCUCGGCAAGAUGACCAUGAAUAACGGUUUUGUUGAUGUCACUGACGCUCCGGAAAGCAAGAAGGUGACGAUCGACGAAUUGACGCUAGAGUUGGAACAAAUGAAGGUGUCAUGCGCGCAUUUGGACCAGGGGUAUUCAGAGUUGCACCAGGAGCGCAAGUUACUUCGGCCGACGUGCAUCAAAUUAUUCGUACGACGAAGUCUAUCUUCGUGGUACCGCGCUAUACCUGACCUCGAUAUCUCUGGACGAAUGGAUACUAUCGCAAUAACGAUUGGCCACAGUGACUACAAGAGCAUCAUGAAGAUUUUGAAUCAGAAUCUUCAAGAAGGGCAGAAGAAAGUGAAGUCUCAGAACAUUCCCAAGUCUUCUUCGAAGGCGGCUGUCAAGAGUCAAACAAGCAGAGUUCAGACUAAAUCCACUGUGGUAUUGGAGUCAGGGUCUCUUGGCACGCCGUCCGAUGAACAGACAGCACAACUACGAACCACUAUGAAGUUCUCAUUCACUAUGGACAGCUUCGUCAUUGAUUUAUUGAGUACUACUACUUCGAAAGGCAACGAGUACCCUACAGACGUAGAGCUGGCGCGGUUCAGUCUGACGCUGCUGUCGGUAAAGGGCAGCAUGUACUCGGACAACUCCAUGCACACCUCACUGUUGCUCGUCGACUGCACUAUGGACGACAUGCGGCCCAACAGAGGUGCUAAGAUCACUCGGUAUCUGGAGAGGCGGCGUGAGAAAUCAGCUCCAGGGUUUCAUGGCAAGAAAACCAUCAUGGAGGCGCAAGACAAGAUCCGCAGCAUGAUCGAUAUCACGUACACCAUGAAGAACGAUGAUACCUUUAUCGACAUGAGGAUAUUCAGUUUCAACCUGAUCCUGGCGAUGGACUUUCUGAACAAGAUAGCAGAGUUCAUGACGACGGGGCUUGCGCAGGAGCACGCCCCGCCUCCCGUCAAAGAGCUAAAGCCCUCCUCCGAGAAAUCUCUCGCCAUGAUGUCUAAAAAGAAGCUGACGUCAGAUUCGUCGGGAGAGAUGGUUCCUAAACAGUCAAUGAUGACCGUCAACGUCAAGAUCGAGCAGCCAGACAUAAUACUCGUCGAGUCGCUCGAGCAGAAGAAGUGCGACGCCCUAGUUCUUAACAUGGAAGCACACUUCAAGCUGCGUCAAACGUCUGAGCGCAUGGUGGCAGACGGCGGUAUCUCCGGUCUUCAGAUGGUGGUAUGCACGCUAGGCGGCGAGGAACGCGACGGGCCGCCGCGGUACCUGCUGGCGCCGGCGUAUCUGUCUCUGGCCGUGGCGCAGCCGCCGGACUCUGGCAUGCAUGUCGAUAUAGCUGUCUCGGAUAUCAAGAUCACUGUCUCGCCUGAUAUUAUAUCUCUGUUGAACCGCGUCAUGGCGACGGUAACCAGCACUGAAGAAAGCACAACGACUCUGGAAAGCAAGGCCAUAUUCUACGACAAGUUGUGGGCCAUUGAGGAGUUCAAACCCAACGCCUAUUGGUUUUUGAACACUGACGAGGCUGAAGAAGCAUUAGAUAUGUCACAGGAAGACUUGACGUUAUCGAAGGCACCGGAGGGAGAGAUCUGUCUGCUGUCGAGUCCGUCCAUUGUGCUUUCGUUUGAAAUGGAAAUCGGUAAUGAGACCAUUCCCGUGCUAGUCAUGCAGGCCUCGCUCACUGGGCAAUUGAAGGACUGGAGCUCCGAGUUCCACAUGGAAUCCACGUGGGCGAUGCAGGUGUCGUACUACAACAUCGCGCGCGCAGUGUGGGAGCCGCUCGUGGAGCCUGUGGAGCGCAUGCGCGACUACCAGUAUCGACACGAACCCUGGGAGCUCAAGAUUGAGAUGAUAAUGCGUCCUCAUGAAUCUCAAUUAGCGAUCGACAUGACAGACGAGUCGGCCAACAACCAGGCGGUGGCGCAACGGCUGCCCAACAAGACCAUCAUCGUGUCCAACAGUGAGCCGCUCGAGAUCACCAUCACUAGGACUGGCAUGGAGGUACUCACCCAGUUAGGAAACUCGUUUUCGGCGGCUACGGAAUCUGUGGAUGUGUCGUCAUCAAAGUCCAAAAUGGAGAAACCAAAGAAAACGGCGAGCGCUCCGUACGUGCUUCACAAUAGUACCGGGCUCACUGCGAAACUGUUGCUGGAAGAAAACAACGAUUUCACUGUAUUCUUGACAUCGGAACAGGCCGAUAAAAACUACAGGGAAGUAGUAUUGGAGCCGGGUGCGAGCGUACCUUUGCAACUAAAACAUGGUGGACUGAAUCUGCUCAAACUGAAUGAACCACCGCCGCCACUCAAGCUGCAAGUUAAGAUAAUAGAGCUGGACGAAGAUGUGUUGAUCCCCGUGGAGCGUGCAGACAAGCGGUACUUCCCAAUCGGCCGCAACCACACGUCGUCGACUUUGGAGCGCAACGUGCCCCACGUGGCCGCCACCGAGCCUCGUGGGCUCAUCUCCGAGAUUGUCAUGCAAGAUGCCGCCGUACAGAUAUACUUGCGGAGUGUUGUGCAGGUUCUAAACCAGCUGUCGGUGAACGUGUCAGUAUACUUCAUGACGCUGCGCGGCAACGAGGUGCGGUUGCUGGGCGAUGUGAAGCCGGGUGACGUGCUGCGCCUGCCGCUGCAGGCCGUGCACACGCCCACCGCUGAGAUAUUCUUUUCUGUUGAAGGUUUCACUGUAUCGGUAUCACCUUUUAUAUGGCGUGAACUUCAACAAGAAGUGAAAAUAACUAAAUUGCUACAGUGUGAUUCCAAGGACAAACACAGCGGCGAGAAAUUCUACCUCAAGGCCGUAGGUACGAUGGAGCAAGUAUUCUUCGAGCAUACCAACCGGCAGACAUUCGCCUCAUCUUGCUACGACAUUGUGUUGAAACCCGCGGUAAAGAUGCAGAACUGUCUGCCCGUGCCGAUCAUCGUGUCGCAACUCGGUCUCAACCGCACGCAGCAUUUCCAGCCUGGAGAGAUGUUCCACCUGUCGCAUCUAUCCCCGAAUAGAGCUUCUAUCGUUAUUAUGAUAGAAAACUACCUAGACAAGUGCUGGGUUUGCACGAAGAACUUGCCGGACGAAGAGACCGAGUUAUCGGUGUGGUCUUUCGAGUCACAUGACAGCCCGGCGCUGAUGACCCUCGACCUUGGAAUGCACAGCGUUGAUCAGGAAGGAACCCAGUUACUCUCACUAUAUUGCCCCUUCUGGAUGCUCAACAAGACAGGGUUCACACUCAGUUAUAGGAAAUCAAAGAAACCAGAAAAAGACUCCGGAACACCCAGCAAGAUUAAACAUUCGCGUUGCAGUAAAUGCCGACCAUCGUGUUUUCCAUCUACGAACGUGGACGAGACCGGCAACGUGAUCUUCCACCCGAAGGACUACAAGGAGCCGAUAUUAUUCUCCUUCCGUGCGAAGAACUUCUUCGGUAAAAAGAAGGCUGCGAUCCGACUCGAGUUUGGCGAGUGGUCAGAUAAGUUCUCGCUCGAUGUGCCCGGCAGUUCCGGUGUCGUCACUUGCAAGCUCGAAGGCAGAACUUACCAGGUGGCUGUGACGAAUCAGCUGACGUUCAACAGUUUGACGAAGAUGGUGAUCUUCACGCCGUUCUUCCUGAUCAUCAACGAGGCACCCUUCGACAUCCAGUAUCAGGAGAUGCAUAGAUCAGCGGACCCUUGGCAGACGGUGGAAAAGAAUUCAAGCGCUCCUCUAUGGCCAGUUAUAGAGAAGGAAGAAAAACUGCUGCUAUUACGAGCGGCUUGCUCCUCUGAAAACUGUGCCCCGUUCCUGUACACCGAACAGCACAGUACUUGCUUAAAACUUGAUAAUGUGUACGGCGGUCUGCACGUGGAGGUGGCCCUGAGCGAGGGCGGCACGUACAUCACGGUGCAGCAGUACCGCGACGGACACGCACCCGCGCUGCUCAUCAACUUCUCAGACUUCCCUGUCACCGUCUACGAGAAGGAGAACGUCAACGUUAGAAAUAUACCGCCAAUGCAUAGAAUGCUGUACGCGUGGGACAACCCCGCAGGGCCGCAGAAGUUGAUAUUCGAAGGUUACAAGCGAAAGGAAAUCGAAAACGAACUAAGACAAGACGGAAUUGGCCACUUCAUGAUUAAUGAUAUAAAGAAGCUGUACUGGGUAUCGUUCUUGGACGGUCUUCAGCGCGUUAUCUUGUUCACCGAAGACGCCAUGCUAGCCAGCGGGGCUCACACCGUGGGAGAGGCAGAGUUGGUGGACACCGAGAUCGUACUCUCCAUGCAAGGCCUGGGACUGUCACUCGUGAACGACUUUGAGAUGCAGGAGAUUGUCUACAUCAGUAUAUCCAAUUCUGGAAUAAUUUGGGAGCAGUGCAAAGUGGGCGCGCGGCGGUACAAGAAAAUAGAAGGAGCCAAGUUAAUUCAGUACGAAGAAGCUUAUCAACGUUACAUGACAGAGAAGAUGGUCAGCGACGAUCCUGUCAGUCCUGUUGUCGCCAUUGAUGAGAAAACUGAGGUGGAUUUCGAAGAGAUGCGCGUGUUGAAGCCAUCAGUGCGUCUGCUACGACGCACUCUAGAGCCCGGGCUGUGGGCUUCGUACGGCACCACGGCACACUCAGUACGCCUGCACGCGCGCCUUCACCGACUGCAGAUAGAUCAACAACUACCGCUGCCCACAUUCCCCGUGGUGCUGGCGCCAAUCCCACCGCCGCGAUCCGUCGCACUUGCCCACGAUGAGGAAACAGGAUGUUUGUCGACAGGUAUGAAGCCAUUCAUCGAGGUAUCGAUAGUGGAGCGGACCAUGGAGCACAGUAAAGUGAGACAGUAUAAGUACUACAAGGUCCUUAUACAGGAAUUCCAUGUGAAGGUCGAUAUGGGUCUUAUCAACGCACUAAUGGACAUGUUCCCUCAAAGACAACUUACGGAGGAAGAAGCGCUGGAAGCCUUCCAACUUGACCUGACUAAAGCGAAUCAACCGCUGGAGGCAUUGGCUGCUAUCGAAGUAGCGAGUGACCAGAAAAACUUCUACGAUAACCUACAUUUGUCUCCACUUAAGGUGCACGUGUCGUUCUCCCUGGGCGGAGCGACUCAGUUGCCGACAUUUGUGGGCACGCUCCUACAGAGCAUCGGGGUUACGCUCACCGAUAUGAACGACGUCGUCUUCAAGUUAUCGUACUAUGAAAGGAACUACGAGUUCUUAUCGCAGAAGGAGCUGAUAAGCCAAGUACAGAACCACUACGUGGGGCAAGGUCUGAAGCAGCUGUAUGUGUUGGUGCUCGGUCUGGAUGUGAUCGGAAACCCUUACGGACUCGUCAUCGGGCUGAAAAAGGGCGUUGAAGAUCUCUUCUACGAGCCCUUCCAGGGCGCGAUCCAAGGACCAGGCGAGUUCGCAGAGGGAUUGUUUCUGGGCGUGCGGUCACUGGUAGGGCACACGGUGGGCGGCGCGGCUGGCGCCGUCAGCCGCAUCACCGGUGCCAUGGGACACGGGUUGGCCGCGCUCUCGCUCGACAAGGAUUAUCAGCGUCGUCGGCGUGACAAUAUGAACAAACCGCCCGCCAACUUGCAAGAAGGACUCGCCAGAAGCGGCAAAGGGCUCGUAAUGGGUGUAUUCGACGGAGUGACGGGCGUGUUCACGAAGCCGAUAGAGGGCGCGCGCGAAGAGGGCGUGGAAGGAUUCUUCAAGGGUCUGGGCAAGGGGGCUGUGGGGCUCGUAGCUAGACCCACCGCCGGCGUCGUCGACUUCGCCGCUGGCUCACUCGAUGCUGUUAAACGGGCUGCGGACCUUUCUGAGGAAGUGACCAAGACGCGACCUGCGCGCUACCUGCCCGUGGACUCCGGCGUCAGGCCGUACUCCCGCGUCAAGGCUGAGGGUUUCAAGAUGCUCUUCGAACUUGAAAAGGGCAAAUACGUGACGACUGAUUCGUACGAAGCUCACGUGUGGGUGAUCCCUAAGAAGGAAGUGGUGCUGUGCACGGACAAGAGAAUAUUCUACCUCGAGAAGAACCAAGUCUUCGGCGGCUGGCAGAUCCUCUGGUCUUACCUGUGGCGCGAGAUUCCGGAGACGCCGACGGCGGUCAACAAGGGUGUGUACAUCCCCACGGCCAAGAAGAAGGUGCUUGGUAUGUUCCCGACCUCAGGCUCAGGCAAGGUCAUCUUUCUCUACGACGACCAGCAGAAGAAGUACCUCCUGGCCCAGUGCGAGCGACUCAUGCGGGAACGUUGACUAGAGGCCGUAGAAAGGAUCUCCCCCACCGAAUGGGUGGCCGAAUUCUUUCUACUUAUAUUCAAUUAUCGCACUAUGCUGCUUACUUUCGCAUACUACUGCAACCUGCACCACGUCAGUCCUAAAGGCUUUCGCUAAUCUCCAACUACUCUAAGUGAACGUUUAUUUUGUUGAGUGUAUAAGUCUGAACCUAGGAAGCUUUGGAAAGUAUGAUUGUAUAUUUUGAAACUUUUUCUACGUGUGCUGUGUAUUGGAAAUACAUUUGGUAUAUAUUUUGAGUACAUUAAACGGAAUUGAAUGCAAUGUAAAAUCUUUGUAUAAUGAGUAUGUGCAUAUAUGUGAAGUAAAUAAUUAUCCCACCAAUGAACUUCAAAGCAGUGGAAAGAUUAUAGAAAUAUAUUAUGUAGAUUUACCUUUCGCGAACCAUUGUUAUAAUAUUAAGAGAUGUACACAUCACACAUCCCCAUGUUUAUAGAUUCCAGUUCGUCUCCUAGCUCGCUUUGAGAUAAUAUAGAGCUUUCUGUCUUAUACAGUCGAAGCAUUUAUAAGAUUAACUUUUUGUAGGUUUGUUACAUUUUUACAUAGUCUACAUUUUUAGUCUUCCGUUUCGCAUUUUUAUAUACAAAUACAGCAUCAAAUUUGUAAUACAUUUUUGUAAGUUUCAUUGAAAGGUAUGUUGAUAUUUGCAUGUUAAAUUAAUACAAAGAUAAAAUAAUUAUCGGAAUGUUAUAAAAUUACAAGUUUAUUUAAUACUCAAGUUCGAAUAAGUAGGCUACGAUGUGUUGGUUGAUUUACUGUUGAAGUUUAUCGGAUUAUGACGUUUGUUUUUUGUUAUUUCAUGUUCUUAUUUAUAUUUCUCGAGGCCUAAGAGUACAAAGUAUAUCAAGUUGAAUACAAGCCAGUUGUGUUCAGUGUCAGAGCCUGUAGUAUUCUCGGGGCGUUCAUACCAGUGCCUUAUCAGUGUAUAGAAAAUAGAACAUCCUCAUUUUUUUCAUCUUCGUUUACUUUGUAAACGGUUUCAAGAAGCUCCGUUAUGUUUAUAUUUUAAAACCUAUAUAUAGGUUGAUUUAAGCACAUAAUAAACUUGUACUUGCUACAUGCCAGUAUAUUACAUUAGUCUGAUGUAAAAAUUGUGAUUUUGUAAUUAUUUUUUUGUUAACGCAUUUAUGUCGUUAUGUAAAAUUAGAUCUACAGAUAAUGUUUUGCUUAUUGCACAAUUUAUUACUAAUUUCGACAUAUUUUUUUAGCCUUCUUCAAGCUUGUGUAUUAUCAUUUUUAAGAAAUUAAAAUGUAUUACCUAUAA